AUGUCAAGUGGUGCCGAAUUAAGAAGGCACUCAGUUGGAAUAGAAAGCUCUGGAAAUAAUGAAAGAAAAGUUGUUGUUCCUCGUUAUCUCAGAGCAUCUAUUGGCUCCUGUCAUGAUAUUUGUAAAUAUGGGAGGAUGAAUGUGGAGGAAGCAAAGGAGACACUCUCCAUGCUUAAGAGAGCUGGAAGAAAAUCACUUUCUAGAAGUUCAGAGGACAGUAAUGGUGGGAUAACGAUAUCAGUUGCCAAACAGAAAGCUUCACUUCAUUCCAAGCCAACACAGAUUUCAACAGUGAAAAGCAGUGAAUCAGUUAAUUCUGUCAUUCAGAUUUCUGAUGACUCUGAAACAAAUAAGGUGGAACUCCAAUCAAAAUCAACUGGCAGCCAAAAGCAGAAAGGGAAUAAAGUUCUGGAAAACACGGGCAAAGCAUCACUGCUCAGGGCCGAAUCAUCAUUCCUUUCAAAAUCACACAUUUCUUCAAUCAUCGAAACAAGGAGAGGGGAAAAAUCUUCAAAUUUUGAGGGGGAGAUUCCAUCAAAACCAACUUCCAAAAGGGUGGAAUCUUCACCAGCAGCAACUUCUGAGAGGGUGCAAACUCAUCCCAAAUUAACUCCCAAAAUAGUCAAAGCUUCAUCAAAAUCUAUGUCUACGAUGAAGCAAGCUUCACCAAAGGUGUCUUCUUUUGAAGAUAAAGAAAUGCAGUUGUCCGAAAAGCAUGCUACUUCAAUGAAGAUCACAUCUUCUAUGAAUUCUUCUGAGAGGGUGCAAACUCAUCCCAAAUUAACUCCCAAAAUAGUCAAAGCUUCAUCAAAAUCUAUGUCUACGAUGAAGCAAGCUUCACCAAAGGUGUCUUCUUUUGAAGAUAAAGAAAUGCAGUUGUCCGAAAAGCAUGCUACUUCAAUGAAGAUCACAUCUUCUAUGAAUUCUUCUGAGGGACUUGGUGGCCAAAGGAUUAGUAAGAUUAAGUUAAAAAAGAGAAAAACCUCACCAAGGUCUUCACCCGGAGGCAUUGGAAGCGUUAGUGCAAGAAAGCACAGAGGCCUGAAAAUUGUGCCUCAUCUUAUGAAUCAACCCACUAUAGGAGUAGAACCUGAAGAGCACAAUAAGGAGGCUCGGGAAAAGACUUUGUAUGUCAUCAAGAUAGAAAGUGCAAACCAAAGUCCACAAUCUGAUCAAAACGAAAGCCAGGAAAUUGAAUUGCCCCGUUCUAAUUCCUUAUCACCCUCCUCAGUUUCUCAAACCUCACCCCAAGAAGACCAAGAGGACUCUGAAUGUGCAAAUACUGAAUCUGAAGAGGAUGUUCUUCCCCAAAAUCAUGAAUUUGAAUACCAGGCUAAUGUGGAUACACUGGAAACUGAGGAGAAUGGAAGGACUCAAAAAGAUGUUGAGGUUGCUUUUUCUGAAGACAAGGACGGGCAAAAGUUGAGUGGAGAAUUGGCUGAAACUCAAAUUGAUGAAGAUAAUCUGAAAAUCCUUAAAAUGGAGGGAGGACAGGUGUCAAGGGACAACGGCACUGAUGCCAAGUCUGCUGCUAGAACUGGUCCAGAGAAGGUUGUUUUGAGACCUGAAGAUGUGAAGGACAAGAAAGAUGGAGAAGGAUUGUAUGAUAAUGUGAUUGAAGCAGCAGCAAGUAAGCUUGUUGAAGAGGGCAAGGUUAAAGCAUUGAUUGAUGCCUUUGAAAAUAUAAUAUCUCUUGAAGAGAAAAGGACUUUGGCAAACAUUUUCAACUGA